AAAAUUUACCGGUCUGGCAUCUCGACGAGUCAGUACUCAAAUUUGCCCUAUUAGAUACACUCGUCUAUGAACUUCCACAGCUUGGAAGUACAUAUAGUGUCUUUUCAUCCAUGAAGUACUUUUCUACAAAAGGCGAUGGGAAGGAACUCUCCUUCGAAGAGACAGUCCUGACAGGACUUGCUCCAGACGGUGGAUUGUAUAUCCCAACGGAGAUACCUAAACUUCCAGAGGAUUGGCAGACAAGAUGGGCGUCACUCUCAUUCCAACAGCUCUCCUUUGAAGUCUUGUCACUCUACAUCGAUGCUGCUGAAAUGUCGCACGAUGAGCUGCGCGCUCUUAUAAACAAUUCAUAUAGCUCGUUCCGGCAUCCCGAUAUCACUCCAUUGAAAAAACUGGACGACAACCUGUUCAUUCUUGAACUAUUUCACGGUCCAACUUUUGCGUUCAAGGACGUUGCACUGCAACUCCUUGGUAACCUCUUCGAAUUCUUCCUCUUAAGGAGAAACGUAGGCAAGACCGGUGAACAGAGGGAAAGGUUGACCGUUGUGGGUGCGACUAGUGGCGAUACAGGAAGUGCGGCAAUCUAUGGAUUGCGGAAUAAGAGGGACAUCUCAAUCUUCAUUCUACAUCCAAAGGGACGUGUAUCACCCAUCCAAGAAGCACAAAUGACGACGGUGACGGAUUAUAACGUGCAUAACAUCGCCGUCAAAGGCACGUUUGAUGAUUGUCAGGACAUCGUCAAAGCUUUAUUCGCCGAUGCCGAGUUCAAUGCUACCCAUCGACUCGGAGCGAUCAACUCAAUAAACUGGGCGCGUAUCCUUGCCCAAACAGUAUACUACUUCCUUGCGUUCUUCAAUGUACGACGCCAACUUCCACCAGGGUCCGACGCAGAACUGCAAUUUGUAGUCCCAACUGGGAAUUUUGGUGACAUCCUCGCCGGAUUCUACGCAAAGCGCAUGGGUCUCCCUUGUGCGCGGCUUGCAGUAGCGACGAAUGAGAACGACAUCCUCGCACGCUUCUGGCGUAGCGGAAGAUACGAAAAGAGUGCAUCUAUAUCAGCCGAAGGUGCUACAGCACCUGCGAUUGGCGCAUCAGAUGGGAAACAGGCACAGACGGGAGGCGUGCGCGCAACGCUCAGUCCCGCAAUGGACAUCCUUGUCUCAAGUAACUUUGAACGCCUACUCUGGUACCUCGCAUUUGAAGGGACGGGUGGGAGGAACCGCGCUGCAGCUUGCGCGAGUGUCACCAACUGGAUGAGCAAAGUGAAGUCUGAUGGGCGUGUUGAGGUACCAAUGGCUAUUUUGGAGCUAGCGCGUCGUGACUUCAUCGCUGAGCGUAUAUCUGAUGAGCAGACGCUCGAGACGAUUCAAUCUUUCUACAAGGCAUCAUCAUCAUACAUCGCAGAUCCGCACACCGCCGUAGGUCUUUCAGCUGCAAGUCUCAUCGCCCCACAGAACCGCCCAUCAGCAGUGCAGAUUGUGCUAGCGACUGCACAUCCUGCCAAAUUCUCCGAAGCCGUCACGCAAGCGCUUGCGAGUGAACCAACUUUCAGCUUUGAACGUGACGUGCUACCCUCAGAGUUUAAGGGCCUUCUGGAGCGAGAGCGUCGGGUUAUUAACGUAGAUGCUGUAGAUAUUGAGCUAGUAAAAGCCGUCAUUGAGAGUGUUGCACAGGAAAAGGAGUCUAAUGGAUCGGGAAAGCUAGCUGUUUGAUUACACCUACUUGGACUAAGAAAUG